UGUUGUCAUAUUUACACAAUGUACGUAUCUAGCUGCACAUGCUGGCUUGCUUUCCCCGCCCUCUUUUUCCACUCUUGUUUGAGCGCAAGAGGCUGACCUAGUUCACGGAAUGCAACCUCUUCCCUAAACCCGUCCUAAUAUUUGAGCGGACGCCUGGACAUGGGACUCAAGAAGUGUGAAAACGACGCCUGAGUUGCGUCAGACAGAAACAUAUCAUUUUGUAAAAACAAAAAAGUUAUACUUGUGGCUCAACAGGGCGUACGAUUACCUGCUUCGACCGAGUGCUAAGACGGGAAGGGACCGCCUUCACGCGGCCGAAGACGCUUGAAAAGGGGAUUCCUGGAAAAGUUGACAAGGGAGCCUGCUCUGUUGGGGAACACGGACCUUGUCAAAGCAGUUCAAGGCUGCGCGUUGCGCUGUGAAGCCACGCAUGUACUACUGCUGUAAAGAUGGUUUCUGGGAGGCUGCUGAUUUCUUUCAUUUUGGUGCUCGCGGUUCAAAAAUGUGUUCAAGGUCAUGACUACCUGGACAUUCUCACAGACAAGGUCGAGUCGAUGACCGCAAUGGUUCGAGCCUUCUUUGUGGUCUUCGUCGGCGCUUUCACCAUCAACAUCUGCGCAGUCAUUUUCAUCGUAUUCGGCGAUGGUCGCGCCAGAAAGUUCCUUUUUCCAUUGGUCGUCGUGUAUGCCCUCUUGUACCUCGUCUUCACCGGUAUCUCCUACCUAUUCCUCGGGCUCGGCAACACAGUGGUUUCCAAGAUUCGCCUCCUUGGGAGCGCUCUGAACGAAGUGUCCGUUUCCAACGUCUCGGAUACUGCCUUCGAGUACAUCAAGGUGUACGAACCCGACUGCAAAUUGCGAUUCGUCUGCGAAGUGUCCGAGAAAGCGGUGGAGAGAGAUCACAUGUUCGCCCUAGUGCUCCGCAUUGUGACUGCAGUCGGGAGUUCAGGGGGACCUUUCGUGGAAGCAGUGCUCGGUGGACUAAGUGGACGUGGUUGCCAGGUGCUUUUUUCGUCUUGUGAGUAUUCUCCGUUGAGAAGGUCUUUGCCGUUUGUGGACUGAGCACUGUCCUGUUCGUUUUCGAACAACGGAGUGGAGGAAGGGUCAGACAGUGCGAUCUCGUGAGUGAUGAACAUGGUUUUAGCGACAAAGGCAACUGUGUGUUUUAGGAAAUAAAGAGUGCCUGAACGGAAGCA